AUGGACCAGUGGCUCUUGGAACGUGCUGUUGAAGAGUACUGUACCAUGGGAGAAAAGCCUUCCAGCUCGAGUUCGCUACAGCGGAAACCUAUAACAGCGUGCGAAAUAUGUCGGCAGAAAAAGAGACGUUGUGACACUGAGACUCCUUGUGCAACUUGUCGGCGCCUCUCCCGUGCUUGUAUUCGCCCCCAAAGAAAGGGUGAGAUACACGGAAUAUUAGAACCUAGGAUUCAGCGAUUGGAAUCUCUGAUUUCGGAACUCGGCGGCAACUGGUUCGCUGGCCCGGGUCAAAAUGGUGCCGGGACAGAGCAACAAGGCUCUUCUCCGCUAUACUUGUCGACUGAUUCUGAAAUUAUGCGGCACUCCGCUGAAAUGUACCAGCCAUCUCGUUCAGUCGCGGAUAGCAUCUCUGCCACAUCAGUAUCCUUACCUGCUACGCCGUCUCCGCGCUAUAUCGCCUCCGAGGUUCCCGAUGCAUUCUCUACAAGCUUUCACCAAGUACCAGAGGCACUUUCACCAGGAUAUCCUACGUCGCCUACAACAGCUUCCUCACGUCUGACCGAUAUGCCACCACAGUAUCUUCCUCUUUCAGCAUCAUCCCUAGCCAUGGGCACAAACUGUGCCUCACCCGCAAUUCAUGAUUCUCUGCAUUCUGCUACCAGCAAGGCCCCGACCAUAACUACCUCACCCACCAGAUUCGAGGCCGAGACACUUCUGGACAUAUUUUUUGACAAGGUCGGAGGGGCUAAGUAUACCGUCAGUCGGGAAAUGUUCCAAUUAUUCCUGGAUGUUAUAUACUGUUCCUUGCCUGUUUCCUACGAUUGGAAAAUCCCCUACAUCGAUAUCAUAUCCAAAUUCCAUGUCUACAUGGCAAUGGCAAUCGGUUUACGGAUGAAAACCGAGGGUCACCCCACAGAACGCCAACUUUUGGAGAUAUGCUAUCGGCUUGCACUUGAAGCCGCUAGAGCACCAGAUUUCUGGUCACUGCCUCUCUCGGCAGAGGCGGCAAUGCUCUUCAUGUUGUUUGCCCAAGUCAGCUAA